AACUAAAUAAUAAUAUAUGAUGUGAUAAGAAUGAAGUUCCAGUGUCGUCUUCUAAUUCUCCACUUCUCCUCUGUACCUACUAAACAUACAGUCUCUGUUGAAUCUGUAAAGAAGAAGAAGAAAAAUCCAUUUCCUGAUUAUGGCGAGCUCCGGGACAGAGAAGAAAGAGAAGCUGAAGCUUUACUCCUACUGGAAAAGCUCGUGCUCACAUCGCGUCCGUAUCGCCCUCGCUUUAAAAGGGAUUGAAUAUGAGUACGUACCAGUGAAUCCGCUCAAGAGAGAUGAAUACUUGAAGAUCAAUCCAAUGGGUGCUGUACCAGCUCUGGUUGAUGGAGACCUUGUGGUUUCUGAUUCUUUUGCCAUCAUAAUGUAUCUAGAUGAGAAGUAUCCUGACCCACCUCUCUUACCUCGUGACCUCCACAAACGUGCUGUGAACUACCAGGCAGCGAGUAUUGUCUUGUCUGGCAUACAGCCUUAUCAAAAUACGCCUGUUGCUAUGUAUAUUGAGGAGAAGACCAACUCCGAGGAGAAAAUUGCUUGGGUCAAUAACGCUAUCACAAAAGGAUUCACUGCUCUCGAGAAGCUGUUGGUUAGCUGCACUGGAAAAUACGCCACUGGUGAUGAAGUUUUCUUGGCUGAUCUUUUUCUAGCGCCACAGAUCCACGCAGCUAUCAACAGAUUCCAGAUUAACAUGGAACCGUACCCAACACUUGCAAAGUGUUACGAGUCAUACAAUGAUCUUGCUGCGUUUCAAAACGCAGUCCCAGAAAAGCAGCCUGAUGCUCCUGCUUCCACUAGCUGAUUCUCUGAACCGUAGUAUGCUACUCUCAGCUCAGUAAAACCACACAGACAACAACAACAACAAUAAUAAUAAUAAUACAUUGUACUUAUGUAUAAAUGUUUCACAUGAACCAGUUUACUUCUUAGUUAUACAAUAAAGGCCACACUGUUUGGAACUCGCAAAGACAUUUUUGUACAUUCAUAGGAAGGCUUUGUCUCUUAAGACUCUGGACCGUCUCCUUAACUGUAUGAUACAUUCCAAAGACUUAAGGAAUAAGAACACAAAUUUACUGCAA